AUGGAUCCAGAGAGAGAUGUGAGGAACAGCGGUGUGGAAGAGGAGAGUGCUCAGGCCACUGCAAUGACCCCACCAGUCUUUUUUCAUCUUAACAUGCGAGAAAUAACAAACGCACUACUGGUGCCAUCAGACGCACUCUCUGCAAAACUGCAGAAACAACAACAACAGCAGGUACAACAGAACAACAACAAUAAUAAUAAUAGUAACAGUAACAGCAGCAGCAGUAAGCCUAAUAAUAGUAAUAGUAACAAUAACGCCGUAGACGUGGAUGAUGUGUAUGUUGGUAGUUACGGCAGUGUUGUGGAUGUUGGUUCACUGAGUCGUUCCCAGCGCUAUCAUCGACAUCACAAUACACUAAAGGCGGCUGUUCUCCAAUCUCCCGACAGUACAUAUUAUGUGGAGGAGACGCUGUUGAUUGGCUCCGUUGGCUCCAUUGGCCGCCGUGGUGGUCUGCUGGACACAAGUGGAUAUCCCAACAGUGAACAGCGACGGGGAUUAACUUCAAUACCAAAAACAACAACAUCAAUACCAGCAUCAAUACCAAUACCAACAACAACAGCGCAGAGUAUCAACAGUACAGAUUCCUCACCUAUUAUGCGAAGUGCACCGCUGCCGGUAAAUCCAUCCUCCACAGCACGAACACAACAAGGAACAGAGUUCUCGUGUACACCAUCAUUGCGUAGUGUUACUUUUCUUGUGCGGAAACCAUCAAAGAGUGAUCCUACUGUAGAUGCGGGGUCUGAGGAUGAUGGAGAGUUAGAACGGCCACUAAUGCCGGAUAAUACGACAAAUGGAACAAGAAAGAAGAAAAAGAAAAGUGUUCGAUUUCCAGAAAACGUGAUAAAAUCUGUUUCAUUUGUACAAGCAGAUGAUCAGCUUCAUUUACUUGUACAGUAUAAUCGACCAUGGUAUGCUCAUUUAGUUCUUGUUAUUGCUAGUGCCUUUUUUGUUCUUCAUUGGGGAUUUAUUGCUCGUGUAACAAAUUAUUCCACUUUUACAGAACGUAUUGGAGUAUCCGCGGUAAUAUCAUUUGUUGCGUUUGGAUUUGCUGCCGCUUAUUUAUUAUGUUUUUUAGCAUUAUCAUGGCGACCAGAUAGAGAAGAGAGAGAGUAUCUCUUUGAUUUUUCACGAAAUCGUUCUGUUAUUUAUGUGAUUACAGCUGGAGUUAUAGCUCAACUAUGCCUUGUAUGUGCAUUUAUGUUUUGUGUGAAUGUAGUGGGUCUUGUAUGUUUCUGCUGUUUUCCACUUAUUUUGACCUACUUAUAUGAAGAAUACAAGAAACACAGUGUAUCUGUGUUGGAUGCCGUUGGGUGUGUACUAGUUGUGAGUUCCAUCGUUGUUUUUACCGUUGGUGCGGAAGUUAGAGGAGGAGGCCCUUACACUCGUGUAUUAACGGUAGUGUUUGGAAUGGUGGGUGGUAUCGCUAUGGCGUUUUUUCUCUUUCAAUUACGCACGGUUAGUAGACAUGUAAGUAAUCUUUUUGUGAUGUCGUCCACUAUUACAAUUACAACGUUAGUGCUUGCUUUUAUUUCGUAUGCUACAAAUGGUUUUACUAUACCCAUUGGGGAAUCCCACCGUCCUCUGACGGAGAUAUCAUCUUCCGAUUUUCUUAACAUUAUCCUAAGUGCUCUUUUUCUCUUUCUCUCGUGGUUUGCCUAUCACUGGAGUUCUCUCUUCUUUGAUCGCAUGACUCUUUCCGGCAGCUUUUCACUCGGCGGCCCAAUCUCUUUGCUUGUUUUCUUUCUACUUUCUUUACCAACGGCGGCACUUCCGUAUGAAAUUGCUGGUGGUGUAGCGAUGGGAAUUGGCUGUGCUUUAGUACUGUAUUCAGGAUACCGCUUUCGGCAAAGUGUUGAAGUGCGGAUUGAACUUGAACAGGAAUAA